GAGGAUCCACAGUCACUAUGGCAACCGGAGACGCCUAGCGUUUACCGCAGCUGACUGCAGAGCUGAGAAAGCCGGGCGACAGGGCGACAGCCAGACAGACCGCGAAACCCCUCGUGGCAUGAGGCAGCAGGAGGCCGUGGUAGUGACCGCGGCGGCAAUGCCCGAGGAGGGCUGCGAUGGGGAGCAGCCUCGGCAGCUGGCAGGGCUGGUGUGCAGGGCGCCCGGCGUCUCCCAGGAACCCCACAAACAGUGGAAGAAAUUUUUAUAUUGUGAGCCACAUAAGAGAAUUAAGGAAGUGCUGGAAGAAGAACUUUAUAUUAAGAGAGAUGAAUGCCACAUUAAAAAUCCACCUUCAGUGGUCCUGGAAGGGAUCUGGAGCAUUAAAAGGAAUCUCCCUGUGGGGGGCUUGAAGCCAGGACUGCCUAGCAGGAACAGUUUACUGCCACAAGCCAAAUACUAUUCCAGGCACGGAGGACUGAGAAGAUGAAAUGAAUAUAAUUUUCCACUGGGAAGAAACCUCUUUCUCUUUAUGUUUGAAGAACACUGAAGAAACUCAAGUUGUUUCUUGAUUUCAGAUGUAUGGAUGGAGGGGAAGUAUAUUAGUCUGUAAUAUAUGUUUACAUAGUCAUCUAAAGUCAUGAAAGACUAUUGAUAUUUUGCUAAAUAACUGCAAACAAUGAAGGAAAAUCUUAUGCUUAUUUUUAGUUUUCACAAUUGGAAUAAACUGGGUUUCUAAUUCAAUAGAAUUGGGUUAUUCUAUUAAAUGAGUGAGGCAAUAGGCAAC